CAACGCUCUAGCAGCUUAUCGGUUAUAGCGUCUUGUACAAAAACUUCUUUUGUUGCUAGGAAACCGAACCUUUGCAUUACUUUUCUUAACAUUAUUUAUUGUCGUUAUUGUAUAACCCAAUCACUCAUAAUACUGGUGGGAUUGUAAAUAACCAUAAAUUAAUUAAUUGCUUUAUUUGCUUGUAUCCCUUUUUGUGCAUGUUGCAUUUUAGUUUUAACUAGGGUUAGCUUCCUGUUCGAUGCUUUUAUUGUGAAGGGGAAACUUCCGGUGUAACUGUUAACACAAAGACAGCUUAACGGCAGCCAAAAGCCCGAGGACAAGUUGGAGCUAAAAUGUUUCGUGUUGCUAGCAGCCCGUUUUCUAGAAGCACACGGUUUGGCUGAUUUUGAAAGCAGAAGAAGAGAGUGGAGCCUCUGAUGUGUCACUUCCUGCUGCGAUGCAGAGUUCAGUCUGAGAAGAAGAAGAAGAAGAAGAAGAAGAAGUUGAUGUGGAGGAUCAUCUCCUCGCUGUGACCAACAUGAAGCUGCUUCAGCUCCUCUGGAUCCUCCAGCUGAGCUCGCUCUCUCCAGUUCUUCUUGAUGUUUUCACUCCAGACCCUCUGACAACAGAGACGCCUGAAGAGUUUGACUACGACCCUUAUGUUCAUCACCUCGACGCUACAUGCAGGUGGACUCUCAGGAUGCCUGGAGACAGGAGUGGGGAGGCGGUUCCACUCCCACCGGAUUCUUUAGACACUCUGGCUGAGUGGAUCUGCCAGGACCUUAAAUGUGGAAGAGUUCAUAUUAUGAAGGAAAUUGUUGCGCCUCAAGACAGCAAGUGCUUCCAGGACUGUAGGUACCAGGACCGCCAUCUACGGAGCUGCUUAGAGACGUUUACAGCAGGAUGCAACGUUACCACAGAAGUGGUUUGUGGUCAUCAGUCCGUUCGGCUGGAGGGAGCUAAGGAUCAGUGCGCCGGGCGGGUGGAGGUCUGGAAGGACAGGAUGUGGGGCACGGUGUGUGACGACAGAUUUGACCUGAGAGAAGCCAACGUGGUUUGUGCCCAGCUGGGCUGUGGGACCGCUCUAAAGGUGACGGGUCAGAAUGGAUUGUUCCCUCCAGGGAGCGGACCGAUUCACCUAGACGAGCUGAACUGCACCGGGAACGAGCAGAACCUGUGGUUCUGUCCGGGUGUCCAGGAAAACUCCGACUGCGGACACAAAGAGGAUGCUGGUGUGGUGUGUUCAGAAUCUAAGGCGUUGUUUAAAGUAACUACACCAGCUUCUCCGUCAGCCGUUUAUUCUCCAGAACAUAUCGCCAUCACAUUGCUGUCUGUUCUAGUGGUUUUAUUUGCCAUUAUCAACAUGUUUCUCUGCUGCCUUCACUUCAAACGGCACAGAAGGUCCUCACCUGAUGAGCGAGGUGAGCAGAAGACAGCAGACGCUGAUCUGAAGGUCCAGGUGACUGUGAGGGUGGGGCACGCUGACGCAUGGCUCGAGGUGCCAUGCGUCCUUGAGAGGGGCUGGACAUACUUCCACUCCAGAUUUGCCCUUGAAGAAGAAGAAGAAGAAGUUGAUGUGGAGGAUCAUCUCCUCGCUGUGACCAACAUGAAGCUGCUUCAGCUCCUCUGGAUCCUCCAGCUGAGCUCGCUCUCUCCAGCUCUUCUUGAUGCUUCCGCUCCAGAUCCUGGGGUCCAAGUGGCACCUGAAGACAUGGACGACGACCCUUAUGUUCAUCACCUCGACGCUACAUGCAGGUGGACUCUCAGGAUGCCUGGAGACAGGAGUGGGGAGGCGGUUCCACUCCCACCGGAUUUUUUAGACACUCUGGCUGACCAGGUCUGCCAGGACCUUAAAUGUGGAAGAGUUUAUGCUGUGAAUAAAUUCAACCUGCCUCCCAAAGACAAAUGCUUCCAGGACUGCGUGUACCAGAACCAGCGUCUACAGAGCUGCUCAGAGACGUUUACUCCAGGAUGCAUCGUGAUCUCAGAAGUGGUUUGUGGUCAUCAGUCCGUUCGGCUGGAGGGAGCUAAGGAUCAGUGCGCCGGGCGGGUGGAGGUCUGGAAGGACAGGAUGUGGGGCACGGUGUGUGACGACAGAUUUGACCUGAGAGAAGCCAACGUGGUUUGUGCCCAGCUGGGCUGUGGGACCGCUCUAAAGGUGACGGGUCAGAAUGGAUUGUUCCCUCCAGGGAGCGGACCGAUUCACCUAGACGAGCUGAACUGCACCGGGAACGAGCAGAACCUGUGGUUCUGUCCGGGUGUCCAGGAAAACUCCGACUGCGGACACAAAGAGGAUGCUGGUGUGGUGUGUUCAGAUUCGAAGGCGUUUUUUGGAGUAACCACAGAAGUUGCUCCAGAUGCUCCUCAGACUGAGUUGAUGACCACAGCUCGUCUCGUCGGCGUUCCGUCGCCUGAACGUCUCGGCAUCGUGGUUCUGGCUCUUGGACUGCUUGUUUUUGCCAUCCUGAAUUUGGUUCUGUGCUGCCUUUACAGGCGACGGCACGUCUUGCUCCUGCAGCAGACUCGCUCCAAGCAGGCGGCGCCCAGCGAUCCUCCUCAGAACCUCUACAAGGCGAACCAGAACCUGGUGAGAGCCGGUCCCGUCCCGCUGCAGGCCGCCGUCCCGUCCGAGUCCAGGACCGCGUGGAGCUGGACCAGGAGAGCGGACAGCGGGUCGGGAGACCCGGACUGUGAGCCGUCUGCCAGGAUGUCCACCUUUUACAAUUCUCAGAGAUACAGAACAAACCUGAAGCCUUCAGCUCUCAGCAGCCUGAGUGAGGAAGGCUCCGGCACGGCCGCAGACGCUCAGUUCGGCCGAGCGUCCAGGAUCUCGGAGGAUUCCUUCGACUCGUCCAGCACCUCGUCUGGCGAAUGCUACGAAAACGUGAUUCCCAGCCAGAACCCGACCCGGUCAGGCGGGUCCACAAGCCAACAGAACCUGACAUCAGAAUCGGGUCAGAACCGGGCUGGGAGCCCAUCACCCUACACAAACACUGGUUUCCAGUUUGCACUGGGAGGGAAGGGGGCGGAGCCAAGCUCAGGUGAUGAUGAAGAUGAUUAUUGUCCUGUGAGCCCAGACUGAAAACCUUCAUCUGAUGAUGAUGAUGAUGAUGGGAAGGAAGGACAUCCCCCCCCCCGAGGAACAUUCAUGGAUUCAUCUUCAGAUUGUGAAACAAUUAGAAGCAGAAAUCAGAUUUUUAUUCCUGACCAGAAAUUGGAUCAGACUUUGGUCCAAUCAGCAGAGAGGAGCAAACUGAGCGCGCUCAGUGUGUCAGGAGGCGGAGCCAGUCAGGCAGCCAUGUUGAAGGAAAGUUGAGUUUAAUGGUUGGUGAAAAAUGUCCGUCGUGUGGCUCAGAGCUCCAGAUGAAUCAGGAUUUAUUUACUGUAGAAUAAUUUAAACUCUGGUUUCAGAUCCUAUGAAUUCAUUUCAUUUUAUUGAACGUCUCAGAUUUUUGCUCAGGAACGUUUAGCAGAAUUUCUGGUCAUUUUCUCAUCAGAUCUUUUCUCCAUGUCCAUCUGAAAUGUUUCCUUUUCUAACUGUUUAGUUUGCAGCUGAUGACACUUAAAAACACAUUCAGUUCUUUUAAAUCAUGCAAAUUCUUCGGCUCAAAAUAAAAGGUUCAAAACUCAAAA